UUUGCGCGGGAAAGUUGCGGCUGCGAUGGCGGCGAGACGCCAUCGCGAGUCGCCGCGAGACGGGGACGAGGGGACGAAUCGGAGCUUCGACGAGACGGCGGCCAUGGUGAGUGCCAUGAAGGAGAAGGUGCAUGAGGAGAAGGAGGCCAUUCAGGAACUGCAGCCGGACAUCAAGCAACUGGAGGACUUGCUCAGCCUGAAGAAGCUGGAGAGAAAUAGGAUCGUGGCCGUGUGGCCCAUGCUGCAGCAGGUGGACUCGGUGUUGUUGGACACGGAGUCGGCGAAGGUCGUGGAAGAGGCGGAGAGGAAACUCCGGGAGUUGGACGGCGGGGAGACGUCCAGUCACCGGGAGUUGGAGGCGAGCAGGCGGGAGCUCUCGCGCAUGGAGCUGCGCCUGCAGGAGGAGACGGCGCGCCUGCGGGACCAGCGGCGAGCCCGGGCGGAGGAGCUGGAGGCGUUAGAGGAGCAGGUGGAGGCGGCGAGGGCGGAGGCGCGCAGCGCGGAGGCACAGUUCAACCGCGCGCACAGCAAGCUUGGCAGCAGGUCGAAGCAGCGGCAGCCGUCGCUGGGCCUCGCCCUGUCACGCGCCGAGGCCGACCGGCGUCUGGACGCGCAUGUCCGGGCCAGCGGCCUUCUCUCCGACAUCGCCGCCAUCCACUCUUCAUGAGGCCUCGCGGAGGGGCCGGGAGUCCCGGGGUGGGGCCGGGAAGUCCAGCACGAGUGAGUGGUGGCCAUGGGGACCCUAGGAGGGAUGGGCUCAUGAGACAGAGGCCACCAUAGAAGCUCAACAACAAAAAACCCAGGACCUUUUGUGAGAAUAAUAACAACAGAGCGGAGAUCUACAUGUGAACGCAUCGCCUUGAACAGUUUUUAGUUGUUAUUACACAACUGAAAGGAUCCAGGACUUUUAAUGAUCCCAGGAAGAUACUUACAGCUUUCUCCGGAUGGCAGCUGCCUGCCUCAACAAGAGGACGGUCUUGGGACAAAGAAGGACAGGUGGCAACCCUUAGGGAGCAGCUCAGCAUGAGUAAGUGCUAACAGUACUUGCCCCAACAAUCUGUGAAGGCGACAUGGGGGAACUUUGUCAGUGUGUGGAACUGGGGGAAGUGGCCGUGCUCUCGGAGUCUCCAGCAGGGGGCGCUGUUCCCCCAGCGUUGUCGUCAGCCGACAAUGCGAGCCCAGGUUAGGCGCCCAGAGGUAGGGGUUAGGGUCAGUGGUAAAGCUGGUGCUAGUGGGGUAGGGGCAGGAUCAGUGGUAAAGCUGGUGCUAGUGGGU